AUGAAGUAUCAAGCAAAUAAGGCAAGUAAUAUUGGUACUGAGUCUGAGGCAAAAUUACCAUUAAAUCUAGUAGUAGCAAGUGAUGCUCUUGAUAUAGAUAAAAUGUGGCGUAAUCAUUUUGAAGAUAAGCUGAUGGAUACUAAGAGUCACACAAGCGAGAAACUAAAGCUAAUUGAAAGCAGUAUUAAUGAGCAAUCAGUAGCUUACACUAAUCAGUUAAAAGGCGAGAUAGAGAAGCUGAAAGCUCAAAUGCAAUAUAUUACUGAGGAGCAAGAGUCAGCUAGAAGGGAGUUGAAUAAUGCUCGCAUAAAGUCUACAGAAGACGAUAGACCUACAAAAACCCAUCAUCCGUUAAUAGAUGAUAGUCGUAUUACGGUAAAUCACCUAGAUCGUGGUGAGCGAUUUGAUCGUCCGAAAUCAGCCCGUAGUUAUAUUCCGGAGACUGCUUAUGUUAAAGGAGUAUUACUAGGUGGUAUUGUGGUGUCGACAUCUAUCGGUUCUGCUUCAGAACCAGUGCCAGUAAUUAUUAGAAUUACUGAUCGUGGUAAUUUGCCUCAGAAUUUUGACAUAGAUUUAACUCAUUGCCAAAUUAUGGGUUCUUCGUAUGGUGAUUUAUCAUCUGAGCGAGCGGUUAUCAGGGCAGAGGUUUUGUCAUGUAAGGAUUCAAUCAAUGAGCUAAUUUAUACCACUAAAAUAGCCGGUCUGAUUUAUGGCGAUGAUGGUAUGAACGGUAUUAAAGGUAAAGUGGUACAAACUAGCAGUAAGCAUUUAAAGAACGCAAUGAUCGGAGGAGUGAUUAGUGGAUUUGCUGGUGCUGCCAAAGGUCAGGAUCAAGUAAUUGUUAGUAGUUUUGGCAUGGGAAGUACCAAAAAGAAAAAUAUGGGUGACAUGUUACAAGAAGGUGGAUUUGCUGGGGCUAGUAAUGCUGCUGAGAAGAUAGCAGAUUACUAUAUUAAGCAGGCUGAAAGCAUGUCGCCAGUAUUAUUGGUGUCUGGUGGUACUAAGGUAGACAUAGUAUUUACCAAAGGGGUAUAUUUAGGUGCAUUAGAUGUUCAGGAAAAGCUACAACAAUAUCGAGCAGAAAAGGCAAAAAAUGAUAAAUGA